AUGUUUCAAAUGAUUGACGACAACAAUAAUAUGAAGAGUACUCGAGAUAUGACUAAAGUAUUGAAUGAAAUCCAAGAGAAACCGGAAUACAAUUUGAGUAAAGAUACGAUCCAGAAGAAUGAACGACUCAUCCGAUCGCUCGUUGAUAUUGUUAGCGAAAAUUUUAUAACAAUAAACGAGUUAAAAGUGACCGAAAUUAAUCUGAGUAGUAAUCUAUUUGUCAAAGAAGUGGAUCAGUUUAUCACACAAUUUCGUGAUGUAAUGGAUGUCUAUAAGAGUAAAGCUAUUGAAUGGGAUCCUAAGGAUGACAUACCGUUAAAACCCUCGCAUUUGGUUAUAAUGAAAGACACACAAGACUUAUGGCAAAGAGAUUUGGAAACAUUAAUACAACACUUGUAUGACUCCAUACAAACCAAUGGAUUUCUAUUAUCGGUCUUGAGAUAUAAGUUUACGGAUCCGGAGAUUGCGUUCAUGUCUAUCACCGGCGCCACAGAAAUACAAACUGAAGAUCUUGAUUGUCAAGCCGAACAUAAUGUCGAUAACGUAUGGCUUGUGGCGAAUGACUCGUGUAUUAAUGGAAUCAUAGAACCGGGCGGAGAGAACUGCCGCUAUAUCUUCCAUAUGGACACCAAUACUGACACUAACAUCGACUUCAAUACUAAACCCUAUUCUGAUAUAUUGGCCAACGAUUUGGUCGCCAAUGUUAUCAAAGGGGGAAAACUGGGAACUUAUAGACACAUAAAACUUCCCACGGAUUACGACAAAUGUCUAUCAAAUGACUAUCAUUUGAAUUGUGGGCAAAUAAAAGAUUUAUCUGGUCUUCAAUGGUAUGAUUCUCGCUGUAUACCAGAAAUGACGGAACAAUUUAACAUUAAUAACCUAUCAAUCGGUAAAACUCGUGUUGAGAUAUAUUGCGCUGGCAUUACAUUUCACGACGUUAUGCUCGCGACCGGCCGUAUACCCGCCGGACCGGAGCAGCUAUUUAUUGACUGCUCGUUAGGCUGUGAAUACGUGGGCCGUCGCGUGGAUACCGGCGAACGGGUGAUGGGUAUAGAUAUGGGCCGUACUUUUGCCACAUCGCUGAACGCCAGUAUUCAUAGCAUGACUACAAUCCCAGAGCACUGGUCGAUGGCAGACGCGGCCACUAUAUUGAGCACAUAUAGCACUCUGUAUUACGCGCUCUUCAAACGAGCUAAUCUUCAAAAAGGUGAAAGCAUACUAAUUCACUCGGGAGCUGGAGGUGUGGGUCAGGCGGCGCUCAAUAUAUGCAAACACUAUGAAUGCGAUAUCUAUGCGACGGUUGGGACGGAAGAGAAGAAACAGUUUUUGAUGACUGAAUACAAUAUACCGGAGAAUAAGAUAUUCAACUCAAGAGAUAUACUCUUCAAAAAUCAGAUCAAAGAGGCGACAAAAGGACGCGGCGUUGAUAUUGUAUUAAACUCUUUGUCUGGCGAUAAACUGGACGCCAGCUAUGAAUGUGUGGCCAAUAACGGGCGUAUCGUUGAGAUAGGAAAGUAUGACAUGAUUAGUAAUAAACAACUUGGUAUGUUUGACUUUAUACGGAACAUACAAUUAAUUGGAGUGUCGUUUGAAUUCGUGGUUAUGGAUGACAUCCACUUCUUUACCGAGUUUUACGAUUGGGUUCACAAGAACUCAAAGAAUGGAUGCGUUAGACCAUUGAAUUAUACUGUGUUUAAGGCCAAGGAUGCGGACAAAGCGUUCCGUUUUAUGACAACCGGUAAACACAUCGGAAAAGUAGUCAUCAAAAUGAGAGACGAAGAGACAGAGAGGCAGACAUUUAAAAGCAUUAAACCGGCGCUUAAUAUGACGGUAACGGUUAAGACAUACUUCGAUCCAAACAAAGUCUAUAUAAUAACCGGAGGUUUGGGUGGUUUUGGUCUGGAAUUGAUUCCUUGGAUGCAAUAUUCAGGCGCCCGAAAGUUUGUGGUCACCUCCAGUUUCAAAUACUUUGCCUCCGAAUGGUUUGUCUCGACUGCCAAUGGAUUUACAAUUGAGGGCACGCGAGAGCUCUUAGAGGAAAGCAGAAAGUUGGGACCCAUUGGAGGGUUAUUUCAUUUGGCCGUUAAUUUAAACGACUCUUUAUUAGAAAACAUCAGUAUUGAACAGUUUUGCUCAUCUAUUGAUACAAAACACAAGAUCUUUGCAAAUCUGGAUCAACUGACCCGACAAUUGGACUAUAAGUUAGAUUACUUCGUUGUCUUCUCAUCCCUGGCUUGUGGUAAAGGAAACGCCGGGCAAUCAAACUAUGCGUUCGGAAACUCCAUGUGUGAGCGUAUAUGUGAAGAGAGACGUAGGGAUGGUCUGCACGGACUCGCCAUACAAUACGGACCUAUCGGUGAUGUCGGAGUGUUUGCUGACUCUUCGGAUCAAGUCUUAGCAAUGACUACAUUAAGAAAACAACGAAUCAACUCUUGUUGUGAUGUUUUGGACAAAUUGUUGGCAAUUAAACAACCGAUUGUCACCUCAUAUAUAAAAGUGUAUCAAAUGAAGGAAACGGGAAGCAAACAGAAGCGAAUGGUCGCUGAGUUGUGGCGAGCGCUGGGCAUCGAUCCCGAGACCACACCCAACCACUUAACCCUCGGUAUGUUGAAGGACUACGAGUCGGGCAAUGUGGUCAAGAUCAAACAGUAUAUGGACGACAUCAAACGUGCCAAGGCCAAUCUGAUCAAGCAGAAAUUUAUUAUACCAUGUGGGGCGUACGUACGGCUGAACAAUGUGGCCCCGGGUUUUGGUGGCAAACCUGUAUAUUUUAUGCCCACAUUUCGGCUCAAUUUCUCUAUGUUUGAAGAGUUGGCGGCCAAACUAAACCGGCCGGCGAUUGGACUGAACUGGACCCGCGAGGUGAGCAAAUUCACCACGUUCAAACAGGUGAGCGAAUACUACGUGAAGUUGUUGCAAACACUGGAGCCCACGGGCCGGUACGAUGUGGUCGGGUAUCUGGACUCAGCGCUCAUUUGCUCCAAACUGUUGCUGAAAGGAGCGGCCGAUCGGGCGGUGAUUGUGGACGUCAUCAGUGAUCAACGGUUCCGCGACCAACAGCUCACCGAAGACCAGAUGCUGGAGAUUAUGCUCGGCAUUAUCGCCAACGAUAUACCCGACGUGUUUAGGGCUAAGAUUACACGAGAGCUCAAACACAUGGCCGAUGUGAGAGCCAAAGUGAAGCACGUGGUCAACGAGUUGGUUGACUUCGCCGGCGGCACUGGUAGUCAACUCGUGGCCACCGAUAUGGAGGAGAUUAUGCACAUAAUGCUGGCCCGUAUUGGCAUGUUUUCGGCCUAUAGACAGCGCAAGAAGGUUAAAUUAGCCAGCAAAUUGAAAAAUGUGCUAGUUAAACGGUGGGCUAAAAUGACCGGCAAAUUGGUCCUGAUCAAACCGUUCAAAUCGGACUUGAUUGAGGAUCUAGAUGAGUUGCUGGAGGCAUCACGUGAUGUCUAUUUGCUUCCCGGCUCUAAGGACACAACCGAUACUAUACAUAUUGAAUUGGUUGACAGUCCGACCGGUGGCGUUGACUUAAUGGCCGCAGAGAUUAGCGAGAUGAUUGGGGCGGCCCUUAAAUAA